AUGAUGGAGGACCCCGUUCGUGGUGAGGGGAGGGAGCAUUAAGGUUAAUUAUGAUAAUGAUUUAAUAAGUAGCUAUAACUAAGGGCUGGUGUGAAGUAACUUCGCUCAUUGACAUAUACACGAGAAAACACCUAAGAUUGGAAUGCUUCUCAAUCGGAUAAAAGACAACUUAUAAUGCCUGCUUGACUGAGGCAGAGCUUUGCGGACCCCCAGAAUGCCUUUGUGGACCCCUAUUUGAGAACCACAGAAAUAAUGUAUACAUCUGAUUUAUAUUUGAUUUAGACUUAAAUUUUGAAAUUGAUAUAUUUGAUGUUUUAAAAUUAUAAUUUCUUCAUUUUUUUUAGACAUAACCAGUUAUCUUGCAUUAAUUGGUCAAGAACAGUACCGGUGUUUUGUUUUGCAGUCACCUACUGUCUGCCGGCAAUCACAUAUGUGAAGAAAGGCAACUUCCAUGUGUGAAAGGAGGCUGAUCAAAAAAAGAAAGCACACCACCUAAACUGCCAUACUCAAGCGUCGAUUGUACACUAAUUCCAAUCAUCAUCAAAGUUUUCUUUAGAUUCAUAUUUGUCACUUUUUGUCCUGUCCGAAUCUUUCUUCAUGAAGGACAGACUGGAGCCAUACUAGUCUGGAAAGAUCAUCGACAUGUACGAUGGGGACGAAACGCCUAGGAGGGCAUCCCUCCAAGGAAUGGGUCACUACAUACCCGCGAGUAUGCAAUGGUUUUUCAGUUCUUCCCAUCGACGCUAAUAUAUGUUGGUGUUACUGGCAGGAAAGCAAACACAGCGUGCAAAGCGGCAGUGUAAGCAAUUACUCUGCUCUUCACUGCGGUUUUUCACCUACCCGAGCUGGCCCCACUCGCCCGGCCGACAUUCACCGACAGCCGUGGAAACACUGCUACCUGGAUUCUUUCGAUGUCGGACCAAGUGGCUUCGGAGCAACUACAAGCCGUCCCACAUCUCGGUCAGCUAAACCUGGCACUCAGCCACCUCGGCGUCUGGCAACCAGGGACAUCCUGUGACCCACAUCACCGGAGUCUACAAAAGCCUGCCCGGUCCCCCUCCCAGUUGGGGCACGACGUUACUGCUGGAACUGUUAUGUCAGCAUUUUAUCUACUACAGAUGGCCGACGAGUUUAGUUCUUGUUUUGAGGCAGCACUUAUUGAAAAAGUUGAGCAGUUCCCAUGGCUAUGGGAUACAUCCGGACACGAUUAUCGUGACAAGAUAAAGCGGGAGAAUUCCUGGAAGACCAUCGGCAACCUCCUAAAGCGCAGUGCAGAUGAAUGCAAACGUGCAUGGCAGGCCAUACGAGGCAGGUAUGGUCGGGAGGCCAGAAUCUGUAUGGGCCGAAGCGGGGCUGGCCGGGACGACAUCCGGCAGCCAAGCUGGACGCUCUGGAACUUGCUGAGCUUCCUCAAGCACCAGAUCCACCCCAGAGCCUCAAAAAAGCCACAAAUGGCCUUGGAACAGGCAAAUCUAGUGGUGGCACCCGAGGCAAGCGGGGGAUUGUCGCCAGUGACACCUACAGAGCUCCUCAUGAGAGCUUACACUCCUAUUCCAGACCCAGAUGAGUGUCCUGAGGCAACGGACAAGGAGAUCCCCGACACGGACACCAGUGACUCAUUGCAGGAUGACCUGCAGCUGUCUUCCACCUGCCAGCUGCUCCUUCAGCUGGAGCAGAACAAUCAUAUGCCCAGCUCAUCUCAGCUGGUGCCACCGCAGUGCGCACCUUCAGGAGCGCACCCCACCCUGCUGUCGCCGCCAAGACCAGCCCUUGUUGAGCGGCAGCCACAAACCCCGCAGCCAGUCCCACUGCGCUCCAGGAAGAGAACGCACAAGGGCACCUCUCCGCAGGGCAGGGCUCAAGAGGAUGCGGCUCUGGCGACAGUUAUUGAAGAAUCUGUGCGUCAGAUGGGCAGGGUGUGCACAAGGCCUCACCUGAUAUAAGCACAUCUGAUAGUGCAUUUAUGGCAUUUAUGAUCAGCGAGGUUGAGAGCUUGCCACUUAGCUAUCAAAGCCGGUUUAAACUUAACAUGCACAAGAUGGCAUAUGAGCUAAAGAUGGAAGCCCUUAGCGAUAAAAAAAUCAGUAAUAAGCUUUGAUAUCACAAAACAUGAUGUUGAUAUUGCUGGCUUGUUAUCAAGUGCAGCUACUACUGGGAGUGGGCUUGGGAGGGCCCACUCAACAGAGCAGCAGUUGACGCUGAGAGUAGGAAGCGUUCACCCCUGCUGCUGGCAUGCUGUUUCUUUUUGUUUGUCCCCCCCCCUUUGACUUGGUUGCCUAGCUUGCUGAACCCGUGUUGGUCCUGACGAGGCUUGCCGUUUGCUCGAGUUUGAGAUUAUAACAUAUUUUUAAAAAAGGCAGUGGAGCGAAGUAUGUUGAAAAUGGAGGCGUAGCUUGUUGAAAUGGUCUACUUUGGUUGGCAAGCUCGGCUUCGAACUCCUUGCUCCUGGAAAAAUUGGUUAUAAAGUCAGGUUCGAGCUAACAGCAAGGCUUAUCGGAACCGACAAGGGCUCAGCAAACUAGGCAACUGUGUCUGGGGAAUACGGAAGCAGCAUGCCGGCAGAAGGGGCGGCUGCUUUCUACUUUCAGCGGCAAGUGCCACUCUGCUGAGUGGGCCAUCCCAAGCCCCUCCCCCAAAAGCACCUACAACUGAUAAAGGCCCGUUCACACUUUUGUGUUUGACUACGACCGACUGAGACGAGACUGGUUUUUAAGCUUCUUGCUGCGACGACUUCCAACAGGCUCCGCAGCAGUGCAUCCGCUUGUAAGCCGUCGCGCAAGAGGCUUAAAAACCGAUCUUGUCUCAGUCGGUCGUAGUUGGUUGCAAUUGUGUGAACGGGCCUUUACAAGUCAGCAAGAUCAAUACCAAGUACUUCCUGCCUUUAAGCAUACACUGAAACAAAAAAAAAAAAAAAAAGAUAGUGAGAUUUUGUGUACCUUGAAUGUUGUAUAGCCUAAAAUGCAUAGAUGUUUUAUUUUACUCAUUGUUUAUUUGAUUUCUUGAUUAUAAUGUUGCAUUGAUGCAUUAUUUUGUUAUGCAUUCUGUUUUGACCUGUGCAGUUAGCAAAAAAUUCAUUUUUAAUAUUUUUUAUUGCAUGUCAUGAUAGGAAUAUAUUGGUAUGUCCACCUGUGAUGCAUUAUUAUCUUUACUUGUGCAUAAAAUAUAUUGAUGUGUUAUUUUGCUCGUUGUUUAGUUUAUGUCAUGGUUUUAGUGUAUUUAUUGCAGAUGAAAUAAUAUAAGGUAUUGACUAUUUCGACGUCCACCGCCAACAUAUCUAAAAAAUUAUUUUGACAUCCCCCGUCAAUGCAGCUGUCGCAGGGAUAGUAGGGUGGUAGCCAUUUUGUUUGGUUUAGUUUCCGACUGAGGUAUCAGUGUUGACGGUCCCAUGUCGCUGUGUCGCAUGUCCGAGAAGUUUUGGUCCUACAUGGCGCUGGAAAGGUCUUGUAUAGUGUGGGUGUGCUCGACUGGCACGACAUUUGACCCUUUCAGACAUGACACAUCUGGUGGCAAUGUUCUCAACUCUUGCAUGUCAUUUCGGCACGUGUCUCACUUAAAGUUUUGAAUGCCCAACAAAAACGAGCUGGAUAUUCUUUCAUCUUGGCUGCACAUAGCAAAAGUAAGUGCGUAUAUAAACUACAUAACAAAUGGAAAGUGCAAAGCACUGAGAGUUUUGAACAAUUUUUGUGCCUCUAGGCUUCCACACCGUGCGAGCGCAUCUUCAAAUCGUCGCAAAGUCUCGCUUUGCGACGAUUUGAAGAUGGGGUUUGCUGUUUAACCUAGAUUUUAUUUUUGGUUUCUGUAUAACAUGCAUAAUGAAUGUGGGUUGCUUACGAAAUGAUAGUGAUGUUCAAUAAAGUGUUGCAAUUGCAA